GGAUAAGAAGUCAAUACCAGUUGAGCAGCAAACAGGCAAGGCGAAGAAUACUGUAGGCUUGUGUAGAGCGCACAGGGCUGAUACCAAUAUCGCAACAUUGUAGCUUGCAAUGUAUCUUAUAUCAGAAUAUGGAAAUUCGUCACAUAUUUGAAACAUUGUAUUACUCCGCCGAAUUGACUAAACCAGAGACUAAACUUUUGUCAUCCCUAUUUCUCUUUGGGUCCAGACGCCAUCUGGCGUUUGUUUAACGUAUCAACAUUAGUAAAUUACUUCCGUAUAUCCAAGUACGCAUAUGGUACCACGAGGUAGGCUAAGUUCAAUAGUAGCUAAUCUCAUGUUAAAGGUUGAUCGGUGAGUGAAGGAACUUAACCAAUUUGUCACUGUCAGAUACUUGCAUAUCUUUUAUGAUAUUUGCAAGAAUUUUAAGAAGGAUGGCAGCAUUCACCACCACUGUCCCUGAGAGACAUGUGAUUUGGGAAGCAGAGCAGCUCGUGGCCUUCCUACACCCUCGCCCCUGGACCCCAGGGACUACUGUGGUGACCCUAAAGACUAACGGAGGCCCAAGUAGUCUCUUCGAGCUGCCUGAGCCAGACUUCCUCACCCUGCUGCUGGGAGCACAGCUGGUGGGGGCUCUGCUAUGCGAGCGCCUCUGCGUCAGACGCUGUGCCCUCAUCCACCGCCCCAGCAGGUCGGACCAGGGUCCCCCCCAGCUGCACUUGCUGCCCCUGCACGGUCUGGAGGCUGACUGGAGGCCUCAUCUGGCCGCCAAGGAGGACUUCCAGCAGCAUGACCCGGGCUACUGCAGCUCCAAGAGUGGCCCGCGGUGGGAUACCGCGCGUCUCGAGGAGAUGCGUGGCCGCAUCCGCGCCAAGCUUCCAGCGCCGGAGGCCCCACCCAGCUACGCCUUCCACGGCGACGACCCAGCGCACCCGGGGUUGUUCUCACUGAUCGUGCGUGGCGAGGAGCAGCAGUGGCGCGUGUGGGAGGACGACGGGCAUGUGGCGUUCCUCACCCCCUUCCCCAACACCCCCGGCCUGACCGUGGUGGUACCACGGCGGCCGCUGACCAGCGACAUCCUCCGGCUGGAGGAGAAGGACUACAGGGGCCUGGCUCUGGCCACGCGGAAUGCUGCCCAGCUGCUUAGGGAGUCGCUGGGAGCGUGGGCGGUCGCGCUUAUCUUCGAGGGCUUUGAGAUUGACUAUGCCCAUGCUAAGCUCAUACCACUGACUGAGCCUGGGGGCAACGGAACCCACUGCCCCCCCAGCCCCCCACCAGAGUUCUGUGAGAUUUACCCCGGCUAUGUAACAUCAGCCAACGGCCCUCUGGCCAGUCCAGAGACCCUUAGAAAGAUGCAAAUCACACUGGCAAAGGUCUAACAGAUAAAGCCGUGCUUGUCUGAAUGACCUCUUAUUAGAGAUCAGUAUCAAGAUUUAAGUUUCGAGAUUCAAGUUUCUUUUAUUACAUCUCAUUAUAGGUUUAAUAGAGUAAAAUUUGUUGUGUUUUUUCUCCUCAAAAAAUAAAUAAAUGUAAGGGUGUGUGUGUGUGUUUGAAGAAAAAAAAGUGGCUUGUUGUCUUCAGCAUGAGUUCAGCAAUCUAACUGCUUGGUGAAAAAAACUACUUCGGAGUCUGGUGGUACGAGCUUUCAAGCUUCUAUAUCGUUUGCCAGAUGAUAGUAGCUCAAAUAGUUCAUGGUUGGAAUGACUAGGAUCAUUAGAGAUUUUUUUGCCUUCCUAAUGCAUCACAAACAUUUGCCAAUAUUUUGUACGUCAAAAAAAAGACUUGUUUAGUUGAUGUAUUAAUGCAAGCAAGUGGAUGCAUUAAUACAAGCAAGUGGAUGUAUUAAUUUGUACACUUGACCCAAUUGAUAAUGUGCCUUCCACGUUGCCUAUUUGCCUAUAGUGGGAACAUGUUGUGUGAGUCAUGCUAGGGCCGAAGGCAAAUACCAGAGCAUGGGAGUGUAAACCAUAAAAGCCAUCAGCUCGUUUCGACAUGGCGCUUCCUUUAGUUAAGCCUUUUUUAUCCUUUUCUUUGAAUCAGUUUCUCGUUAAAGACAAACAUUAAUACACAUUUAUUCCACAUUGUACAUUGAUACGGUUUGCAAAGAUAAAAACAUGCACCUAAUCCUCACCUAAAUGUUUUUUCAUGUGAGUCUGUUACUGCUGGCAUGUUGUGGGCUUGCUGCUGAGCCCUGGCUCCUCUGAAACAUCUCCCUCCUCUGCUCGCCCACUUUAAGCUCCCCAGGCACAUUCUUAAUCAAGGAACAAGGGGCUCUCUUUUUGGAAAUACCACUUGGCUUAUGUCUCACUGUAAAACAUGUUUUUUUUUUUUUUUUAGUUCUGACUCACGGAAGAUGUAGUCUGUUUCGCUACAACUCUGUCGCAGGAGGAUCAAGUGGAAAGGCACUGUGCUGUUUCAUGCACUCCUCACAUCCUUUUUCUCUGUCAGAGCUGGUCAUGUGUUUUGUCAGCUUCUCAUUUCAAAGAACCAACUCCCUGUUCCUUAUAACCACAGAGAAACAGCUCCUUAUUACUCUGUACAGAGAGUAGCAGUAGUAUUUCUGGUAUGUACCCCCCAGUGCCUUUUAAUCUUCUUUUAGUCUUGAUAAUCAUAUAGAAGUAUUAUAAAAGAAACAUAUCACUGAAGCUUAUGCUGGUACUCUAUACAUAAAUUACCCAUAGUACUUGGUUUAUGGGUUCAUGCUUCCAGCUGAAUCAGCUGUGAUCUGUGUGAUCUACAACACAUUAGGUCUUGUCUGGCCUCAUUGUAUGUUUCAUAUUACAGAAGGAUUCCCCAUUGUAUGCCUCUGAAAUAUCAGUUAUGUUGUACAUUAGCCCAAUAAAUGGACUCCGUAAACAAUCUGUAUACUUAGUUCUCAGCAAAGAUUCUAGAACAGAGCUCUGUUCUAGAAUCUUUGGUUCUCAGUCCUAUCAAUCACUCCUUUACCCAUGUUUCCCUUCUAUUUUAUGAGUUGUUAAAUGCAAUAAAUGUUGGCUAUACAUUCUUUUUUGGGUUCUGGCUGAUACUGGUUGCCCUGUUCAGCCACUAGAGGGCACAGCAGACUAGAAGAGACCCAAUCUCUAAAAAACAAACCGUUGAUUGUGUACCACUUGCAGUUCCCAUACAAGUAACCCAUACAUGUGUAGAAUGACACAUUUGAAAGAAAAUGUAGCUGAAGCACAAAGCUUGAAGGGUUUUCAGUGUCAGUUUAUUAAACCAUGUCAUACAGGGGCCUAGAACUGUUAAGUUAUUUUGAUGCUGAAUUCUGUUUGAAGUUGACACGAAUUAUAGAAGCUCUGAACCUGCCUUCACAUUAUUUAUCUCAUGCUCUGCUCUCUGGGGUAUUCUGUAUUUCAUUUUGCAUCGUCACUGUCUUCACUAAUUGUAUCUUUUUAAUUAAUUAUGUUGUGUGUGUGUGUGUUUUUUUUUCUUUUCUUCACACAAUUACUUGGUGUGCACCAUCUGCAGCCCUUACCCCAGUGCACUGCGGCUGGUUACUAAUGAUUCUCUUACCUUUUUAAUUACAAACUGUAUUAGAGAGUCGUUAAGUGACUAAUUACGAAGGUGCGAAUGGGGCACCCGGACGGUGUAGGGCUCUAGAGAAACCGCCGUUGCAUGUGUCCUAGCAAGGCAGGAGGGUGUAGUGAGGGCAUCUCAUGACGGGUAAACAAGCCACAAUGAGAACAAGCAGCGACACAGAAGGAGAGAGCACAGUGAAAUGGUGUUGUGCUUUCAAGGUCGCCCUCUGAGAGCGAGAAGCAAGG